CACUCUCACCCUUUCUUUCACUUCUCACUCUCACUCUUCACACGUCAAGGACCACAUACUUCCCUUACCCAUCCGCCACCGGCCUUCCCAGUCGCCCGCCAUGUCCUCCCCCGCAGAGUGCCGCAUCCUCGUCUUCGCCUCCGGCAACGGCUCCAACUUCCAGGCGCUCGUCGACGCCCUGGCCGCCGGCAACAUCCCCAACGCGCGCAUCACCCGCUUGAUCGUGAACAGGGGCAAGGCGUACGCGACGACGCGCGCCGAGAAGGCCGGGAUCCCGUGGGAGUACUACAACCUGAUCUCGCACGGGUUCCAGGAGCGCGGUGAGACGGAUCCGGUGAAGCUGCAGGAGGCGCGCAACAAGUACGAUGCCGCCCUGGCCGAGAAGGUGCUCGCGCUGGAUGAGAAGACGGAAAGGCCGCAUCUGAUUGUACUUGCGGGGUGGAUGUAUAUCUUUGGCAAGCACUUUUUGGCGCCCAUCGCGGAAAAGGGAAUCAAGGUCAUUAACUUGCAUCCGGCGCUUCCUGGCAAGUACGACGGUACACACGCCAUUGACAGGGCGUACGCCGACUUCCAGGCUGGAAAGCUGGAGAACAACAAGACCGGCAUCAUGGUGCACUAUGUAAUCGAGGCCGUUGACCAGGGUGCGCCGGUCCUUGUGCGCGAGAUCGAGUGCCGUGAGGGUGAGAGCCUGGAGCAGCUAGAGGAGAGGAUACACUCUCAUGAGCAUUCUCUCAUUGUUGAAGCCACCGCCAAGAUUGCCGGCGAGAUCGUCGCCUCUCAGCAGGCGCAAAAAUGAUUUGGUAUCGGCAGCUUGAAUGAGGAUGUGGUACAGCAAUGAUGAAAGACGCCAAGGAAAUAGACACGAAAAAACCGGCACGACACAAGGAUUUGAGCCAUGUUG